AUGGAAUGUAAUCAAAGGGUUGUUUGUGCCCAGGAACUUCCCAAUACACAUCGGGAACAGAUUGGCUACCUGGGUAUAUGUGGACAGAAACAUGCACUUUUCAAAGGCCAUAAUAAAUUAGGAAGAGACCCUGAAACAUGCAACAUCAUUCUAAACUCAAAUAGAAACUUAAAGCCAUACAUUCCUUACCGAAUAAAAGAUGGAGAUGUAGUGCAAUUUGGCGAUGUAUUUGGGGUAGUAAGUGUGCUGGGAGACGAAGAUCCACAACCAGCAACUCAGGAUAUUGACAUUCCGGAGAUACCAGGCACAUUCAAUCAAGUCUCAAACUUCAACAAAGCUCCAACUACCUUGGGGUAUGACAAAGGUGAUUCCUUUGUACCGAAAAGUACAAAGACAAAAUUAUCAAGCACGCCUAUAAAAAUAAGUGAAACUCAACCAACACACGCAGAAAGACCUAAGACCACGGACUUCGCACCUCAUACAUCGUCAAAUAAUUCAACUUCACUCAGUUCUGUAAAUAACCCUAACGAUAUUAUUAUUAUCAAUGGAGAAGACAUAAAGGAGUCUUUGCAACAAAUAGGCAAAAUUAAUGACCAGCCUGCAGCCAACAAGGAUAUAUUCAACGCUGAAACCAAACCGUUCGGUAUUGUUGAUCAUUCAAUUAAGAUUGUGGACGAAAAUAAAAGCAAUGUUACAAAUACAUCUGACUGCUCAGCUGAAGAAAACAAUGAGCAAACGCGCCAUACUUCAAAAGAAGUGCUAUUUGAUGAGAUUAGCGGUGAAUGCAGAGAAACAGAAACAAAAGCUGUGCCCGUGGAGCCGAAGAUCUUGGUGAUCCCGGAGAAGACGUCCUCAUUCAGCAUCCACCCAAAACGACAGUGCAAGGACCAGUGCACCUACUGCAGCAUCAAGUUUCGUCUCUUCGACAAACCAUGCCACAUAGCUCAGAUCAAGAACUUAGAAAGGCAGAAAAAGGUUCUGGACAACGAGAAAGCACUGACUGUAGACAGUUGCCUGUGUGAGAGAUGCUACCGGUACGUGAUUCGGCGCAACAGUUCCUAUCGUAAGAGGCCGAUUAGCAAACACCCGACCACAUUAGCGCGCAAGUAG